ACCUCCAAUUAAUCCUUAGCACGACCUUCUAUUCUAUGAAUGAAUCCUAACCUCACAAUUUCUCCAUACUUUGUUUUUUUCAGGCUUGUUUACAAUGUCGACAUUCUCCUCAACUUCUGUAGAAUUAAGCUCAUACCGUGACCAACAUUUUAAGGGUACUCGAACGGAACAAGACAAACUGCUACGACUUUCGACAACUCUGUAUGUCGGCAACCUCUCAUUCUACACCACCGAAGAACAAAUCUACGAGCUAUUCUCGCGCUGCGGCGACAUUCGCCGGGUCAUUAUGGGCCUUGACAAAUACAAGAAAACCCCUUGCGGAUUCUGCUUUGUCGAAUAUUAUAAUCGGAGCGACGCCGAAAAUUGUCUGAGGUACAUUAACGGUACACGAUUAGAUGAUAGGAUCGUGCGUACGGAUUGGGAUGCCGGGUUUAUAGAGGGUCGACAGUACGGACGUGGAAAAACUGGAGGACAGGUCCGUGAUGAGUAUCGUACCGAUUUUGACUCGGGCAGGGGGGGAUACGGCAAAAUUGUGCAGCAGAAGUUAGGCGGCUCUGAUGGACCAUUUGGAAGAUAAUGAUUUUUGUUUUUGUAUAAAAUUUAAAUAAUUAAGAAAGAACUGUUUAUUUUUAGAAUACGUAAUAAAUAUAUAUUAAUCGUAAA